AUGGAAGUUAAAAAUAUUGAUAACCCUUAUCCAGUUUUUAAGAAACCACAAUAAAUUUAAGAAACAUAAAAAGCAUUAGAAUUAAUAAAAACUAUGAACGGUUUUUCAGAUAAAAUAAUGUAACAUCCUGAUAAAAUUGAAUAAAUAGAGUUGGUUUUAGAAGAAUUAGAUAGAAUGUUAGUUGGUCUUUAAAAUUUAUAAUAGUUAAAAUAACUUUGGAUAGCAGGAAAUUAAAUAGAAGACAUAAGAAUAAAUUUAGAUAAACUAUAAAAUUUGAAUGAUUUAAAUAUUUCAGGUAAUAAAAUUUGUUCUUUUAAGGAAGCUUUGAACUUAAAUCGUUUACCAAAUUUAAAAUAAUUAAGCUUUUAUGAUCCACAUUUUGGAGAAAAUCCCAUAUGCAAUUUAUGCAAUUAUUAAACUUAUGUCCUUUAUCAUCUAAGAAACAUAACAAAAUUAGAUACUCUUUUUAUUUCUGAAGAGGCUAAGUCUUUCGCCGAAGCAACGUUUAUGAAGAAAAAAAUGUAUUAUAACAUGAGAAUUAAAACUAUGUAGAGAAGCUUUUCUACUUUAGGAAAGCUUAUAAGAAAAGCUAUGAAGAUAAAAUUAGACUCUUAUAAUGAAGAUAUAGCGAAUAUUUAAUUGAAAUUAUGGUAAUUGCAAAGCUAAUUUAAUAAUUUAAAGGAAGACAUAGAAAUAUAAAAAUACUAAACAAUGAAAACGGAAAAGCUAGAAGAAAUAGGAAAUUUAGAGCAAAUAUACGAAGAAAUGAAGAGAAAAUUAUACGAGAACUCAUCUUUAUGUAUUCAUAAAUUAAUAACAGAGUUAGAAACAGGAGGCAAUAUUCGUUUAGAAGAAGGAAAAAGUAACGAAAAGUGGUAUAUAAGUUGUGAAGAUUUAAUAAAAUCAAGAUUUAAUGCUGAUGAUAUGAUAGGAUAUGGUAUAUAGGAUUUAUAAAUAAAAAGAGUAGUGAGAAUUCAUAAUAGGUUUUUAAGAAAUAAAUUUGAGGAAAAAAUGGAAUCUUUAGUAGAUAUUUCGAAUUCUAAUUAUAAGAAAAAUUUAGAGUAUCUGUUUUAUGGAAUUGACCCAAACGCUCCUUAAGAAAUAUAUCAUGUAAUCGAAGAAGGGUUUCGACCUUUUUCUGAGUGCAAAUAAUUAGGACUUUGUGGAUAUACGCCACUUGUUAAUAAUAUAUUAGGGGCUGAUAGUGCGAGAUUGAUGAGUUUUUUGAAAAAAAGUGCUACUAAUUUAUAAAAAUAGGCCUUUAUGAAAAAAAAAUUUAAACAUAAUUUUAAUGUGUUUCCCCCUGGAUUGUUACUUAUUUGUAAAGUAUUAAUGAUAAAAAGUGUUUAGGAUACUAAAUAGCCCUUUUUUGACCAUGAUUAGGCGCCUUCAGAUAUUUUUAAAAACUAUCCCAUUGAUAAUACGUUGGUUUAGGAGGAAAAUGCGGUAUUUAGGACUAAGGAAAAUGAUAAUAAACAUAAAUUAUGGUUUGUUAUUGAUAAUAAUUUAGUUUUACCUGAGUAUCUUGUGGAAUAUAAUUACAUUCUUAAAACUGAAAAUUAAAAUAAAAUUGCGGAUUUCGGGCCAAAUAAUUUAGGAGUAUUAGAUAAUCCAGAUGAUGAGUUUAUUUCUCCGAAAAAUUUUCAUGUUUAUAAAAAUGAACUUAACAAUAUUUAUAAUGCACUCUGUGAAGAAAUUAAUAAUUAUUAAUUCGAAAAUAUAGAAGAUCUUAAACACCCUAAUCUAGAAAUUAAAGCAUAAGAUCUUGAUAGGGCUGAUAUUUCUUUAAUAAAAAUCCCUUUACUUAAUUAUUUUAAAUUUUGUCUUUCUAGAUCUUUCUUAUAUGAACUUAAUCCUAAUAUUUUAACUGAAGCUAAUGAAAUUUCUUUGAACGAGGAAAAAUAACAAAUGAAAUGA